AUGUCUUUCCAACACACCCUCGACGGCCUCCUAGCCAAAGGCAAAGCCAAACUAAACGAAUUCACUCACCCAGAACAACAAGCACCACCCCAAAACUACAACCAAAACUACAACUACAACUACAAUGCCCGCCCACCUCCACCACCCAUAAACUACGCCAGCAAGCCCACCAACUUCGCACCUCCCAUCCCUCCCCGGCAGGCAGCUCCCUACUGGAAAGCCGAUUUCAACCCCUCAACCCCCAUAUCCUCCAUCUUCGUCCAAGAAACCGGCGCCCACGGCUGGGGCAACAACGAAUCCCAAAACUACACCACCUCCCCCACCAACUCCUUCUUCACACCCUCACACCAGCUCGUCCUGCGCGCCAUAUCCUCACCCUCGUCCCCAGAAAACAAAUACACCUCCGCACGCCUCUACACGCACCAAACGCUCUCCCGCCCGCGCGGCUGCCUCACAGCCGUCCUCUUCGCGCCGUGCGCCGACGGCAUCUGGCCCGCGUUUUGGCUGCUGCCGCAGGAACCGUUCAAGUGGCCCGAUGACGGCGAGGUCGAUAUCUUCGAGAGCUGGAACGGGGAUCGGGUGAAUCGCUCGUGUUUGCACUGGGGCCAUUUUAAUGGGGAGGAUUGGGAUAAGCAUCGGGUUGUGGAGACGAGGAUCGAGGAUAUGGGGGAAAGGCCGCAUGUUUUUGCGUUUGCGUGGGAGCAGGGGGAGGAGGGGAGGGGUGGGAGGUGUGUUUGGUAUGUGGAUGGGAGGGCGGUUAUGAAGGCGACUAUCCCGCAGGGCACGAGGAGGAUGAGUGAGUGGAGGGUUAUUUUGAAUGUGGCGAUGGGGGGGAAUGUUUGUGGGGGACGGCUGCCGAGGGAGGGGAGUUAUGAUUUUGUAGUGCAUGAGUUGAAGAUAGAGGAGCAGCCUGUUGGGGGGUGGGGCCAGUUUGGGGUGGAUUGGGAGAAGGCGAUGGAGGGGAAGACGAUGUGAGUUACGAAUUGGAUGAUAUAUAGACUUGUCGUUACAGGGCUAGCGCGGUGUCACCUAGGAUUUAACAAUGAGAUUCAACUUGUUGCCAAAGAGCAAGGUAUUGACUGUGCUCUACUCUUGAAUUCUAUUGUCCAAGUACACAGCAUGCUCUCUGUACCAUCUGUUCUCCAAAGCCCUCUAGAUCCUAAACCACUGAGAUAUCUUUCGUAUACAACACAUUUCCCAAUACCCUAUUGUGAAUUUUGAAAUCUUCACAUCCGGCUAAUAGCUUCUUCUGUAGUCCGGUAGCUGCUGUUGAGCUAUAACCUAUUGAAAACUCAUAGAU